AUGCCUGAGAAAGAACUUGUUUACAUUACGUCCAGAGAACAAGUGUCUUCCGACGAAAAGGACGGUGGCGUGUACAUCAAUGCUUUCGAUGAACAGGACCACAAGGAGCCUAUGGGCAGAUGGGAGAGCUUCGUGGAUGGCUUCAGAAGAUUUGAUGAGAAGGAUUUGGGCUUAGACCCUGGCUUGUCUGAUAUCGAAAAAACGGCCAUCAUCACUGCAAACUCUCCCUUGUCUAGAUCUCUCAAGGACAGACACUUGCAGAUGAUUGCUAUUGGUGGUGCCAUUGGUACUGGUUUAUUCAUUGGUUCUGGUAAAGUUUUGGCUAACGGUGGUCCAGCAUCUGUGGUGAUUGCCUACUUCUUGAUCGGUUGCAUGAUUUUCUGUACUGUUCAUGCUUUGGGUGAGUUGGCUGUCACUUUCCCUGUGUCCGGUGCUUUCGUCACUUACAAUACUCGUUUCAUCGAUCCCUCUUGGUCUUUUGCCAUGGCUUGGAACUAUGCCAUGCAAUGGUUAGUUGUUCUACCCUUGGAAUUAGUUGCAGCUGCUAUCACAGUCCAGUUUUGGGAUGACAAAACGAAUUCUGCUGCUUACUGUGUUGCUUUUUACGUUUUUAUCAUGGGUAUCAACCUUUUUGGUGUGAAGGGUUACGGUGAAGCUGAGUUCGUUUUCUCUGCUGUCAAGGUUAUCGCUGUUAUUGGAUUCAUUAUUCUUGGUAUCGUGAUUGUUUGUGGCGGUGGUCCAAAGGGUGGAUACAUUGGUGGAAAAUAUUGGCAUGAUCCUGGCGCCUUCAAUCACGGCUUCAAAGGUCUUUGCUCUGUCUUCGUUACUGCAGCUUUUGCUUUUUCUGGUACCGAGUUGGCUGGUUUGGCUUCUGCGGAGACUGCCAACCCAAGAAAGUCUCUUCCUAAGGCUACCAAACAAGUGUUUUGGAGAAUCACUCUUUUUUACCUUGUGUCUUUGAUCGUUGUUGGCUGUAUGGUUCCUUACAACAACGAAGAACUCGAGAAGUCUGAUGGUACUGCCAGAUACUCACCAUUUGUUAUCGGUAUCCGAAACGCUGGUAUUGGCGGAUUGCCAUCCGUCAUGAAUGCUGUUAUCAUGAUUGCGGUCUUGUCUGUUGCGAACUCUUCAGUCUUUGGCUCCUCUAGAACAUUGGCUGCUCUCGCUGCUGCUGGUUUCGCUCCUAAAAUUUUUAACUACAUCGACAAGAGAGGUAGGCCAAUCUUUGGUAUUCUCUUAGCGGGUGUUUUUGGUCUUCUUUGCUUCAUAUCAGCAUCUGACAAACAAGGUGAAGCUUUCGACUGGAUGAUGGCUCUCUCAGGUUUGUCCUCGCUUUUCACCUGGGGCUCUAUUUGUGGAAGUCAUCUCAGAUUCAGAUGGGCAUUGAAGUCACAAGGAAGAACUACUGACGAAUUGGCUUACACAUCGCAGGCAGGAAUUGUGGGCUCCAUUUUUGGUAUUACCUUGAAUUUCUUGGUGCUCAUCGCUCAAUUCUGGAUUGCUUUGUUCCCUAUCGGAGGUAAGCCAGAAGCUGAGUCCUUCUUUAAGUCAUACUUAUCCUUCCCAAUUAUUAUUGUUUUCUACGUAUUCCACAAAAUUUGGAAGAAAAACUGGAGAAUGUGGAUUCCUGUGAAUGAGAUCGACAUUGACACUGGUAGAAGAGAGUUGGACUUGGAUCUUUUAAAACAGGAAAUUGCCGAAGAGAAAGCUUACAUCCGCAGCAAACCUUUCUACUAUAAAGUCUAUAAGACUUUCUGUUAG